CAAGAGGACAGGCAGAGAGGAGCAAAGGGCUUGAAACUCUUCUCAGAGGACCAUUGUGUAUAUAAGCCACAAUGGUGAAGAGCAAAACAAUAACAGUGGAUUAUCAUAGGCAUUGUGACAAGUGCUAUGAUGUCCACUGUCAAUUCCCGGUGCUGAUCUGUGUCUCAUGCAAGGUGAUCAAGUGUCGUAAGAACUGUAGCGCAACCUUCCAUAUGUGCAAGGAAGAGGAGCACAAACUCCUAUGUCCAAAUGAGAUGGUCCCCUGCCUCAAUGUUAACUAUGGCUGUCCUCUUACCAUGCUGCGCCACAGGCUUGCCAAACACCUGGAGGUCUGUCCUGCCAGCGUGGUCUGCUGCUCUCAGGAGUGGAAUCGCUGGCCUGUUUCAGAAAAUGAUCUAGCCUUCUACAGAAAUGUUUCAGAAAACCUUCAAACUGAGAGGAACCUUGAUGUUGCUAUGGCUCUCAGGGACCAAGAGCUGCUGUUUCGAUCCAUCAAAAUGAAGAACGUUUUUCCUGAGUUGAUGGAGGAGGAUGGUGCUGCUGGGAUCGACAGUCCUGCAGGUGAAGCUACGUGCUCUUUAGAUGUAGGUGCUUUCCUGGAAAAUGGCUGCACAAGGAUGGAGGAAGAACUGAGCCAAGAGGAGUUGGAUGCUUUGGCAAAGAGCAGAGAUGUGGAUGGUAUUCAGAACUACAGCUCCUGGGAGAAAGUAUUCAACAAGGAGGAGGGGGGAUGCAAGCAAACCAUGAAAAACCUGAAAAAGAAGGUAGGAAAGGGAAAUGCAAAGGAAGAGCAUGAAUCCUCAAACUGUCAGGGGAAGACAAGAGACUCACAACCGCGCCAAGAAAAUGCAUCUGCCUCUCAAACCAUGGAUGGUGUAGCUGGCUUUGCGCCAUGGGAAGACGGGGUCCUUGAAAGGUUAGGUAGAGAAGUCAACAAUGCCGAAUAUAAUAGGUAUCUGGUGCAAAAUGGGGCAAUGUUGAUCAACUUUGGUCAACUCCCUGCUUGCACCCCGAGAGAAAAUGAUUUUGUUUAUGGGAAAUUGGAGCCCAUUGAGGUUAAAACCGUCCGCACAUUUAAUGUUCCUACCAGCUAUCGGGCAAAGCGUAAUUAUCUGAGGGACUCCAGACAGAAGGUGAAGAUGAACGUCGGUGUUGACACAGCAGAUUUAGGCGUGCCAGUCGAGGAUCUGCCAAAGUGUGACGAGAUUAGCGCCACACUCCUGCACUCCCUGGAAAAGGAACUGAAAGGACAUUUAAUCUCAGAGAGUGCGGGGAGGGACGGUUUUUACGUAGAUAUAGGAACACAAACGUACAACUUUGCCUCUUCCCCCUUCAAACAUGAUGCAACGUUAGCUGAUGUUGUUGCAGACAAACCUCAUGGUCUCUGUGUACAAGUUGAAUCAGAAUCUGUCACCAGAAGACACAACAAAGCAAGUUCAGCCUUCAGCUACAUGUGUGGCCACUUCUUUCGCCGUGAUGAAUACAGCUCUCACUUUAGGAAUGUGCACUCCGACAUACAGGCCUCAAUAAGUGGUUGGUUCCAACAACGCUGCCCCCUAGCAUACCUAGGCUGCCAUUUCACCCAGACCAGGUUUCACCCCGCUGGUCUUCAAGCUACGGUUAAAUUCUGUCAAGAUGUCAGCGCCUUUGUCCUCCAGCCAGAUGUCCCCUCAUUGCUUUGUGAAGAUGGGAAAACCUUCAGUCCUCAGAGAAAUGCUUCACAUAAUCAAAAUUCCCUGGGCAGCCUGCCUCUGGAGAUCCUUCAGCACAUUGCUGGUUACCUUGACAGUUUUACAUUAUCUCAGCUGUCCCAGGUCUCCCAUCUGAUGAGAGGAGUGUGUGCCACAUUGUUGCAGGAGAGGGGGAUGGUCUCCCUCAAGUGGAAGAAAAAGAUAUAUUCCCAUGGGGGAAGCUCCUGGAAAUGCCGAAAGAAAGUGUGGGAGUUUAGCUCUCUGUUUUCCUCUGUGGACAGAUGGAGCUUCAGCAACAAUCCCUCCAUGUCAGAUCACCUGAAAACCUGCACCUUUUACCAGAGAGAGGAGCACACUGAGCCGGUGGCUUUAGUCUGCCUGGGAGAGGUCAGCGACAAGCACAGAGGAGCAAAGCAUAAAAGAUAAUGCUCAUAGUCCCAUAGCUCAGUGGGCGGAACACAACACGAGUGAUGCCGCGUUUAGAAUCACUCAGCUGUGUUACUUGUCCUCCAAAUAUACAGCUACUAUAGAGCAACAAAAGGGAAUGCUGUGCUGCAGUGUGCUUUAGCCCUGCAGACAUGAACUGAAUUUUAUUGCAAAUAAUUCAUUUAGGCAUGGACUCAAUUUUGGAUGUGAUUGACUUAACCUCUAAAUCAUUGUGCAUGUAAGUAGGAACAAUUGUUUAAUAUCUAAUCAUCCAGUGUUUUUACGCCUAAAUGAACCCUCUGAUGACACUUAUUUCAGAAUAGUUUGAGAGAUGUUUGGCAUUCUGAGUGGACUCAUGUUGUUUGUUCCAUCCUAUUUCAGUCUUGUGUUGAAAGCAUUGUUUGAAAGACACGGGGGAGCUGUUGUUGACUGUUUCCAAUAUGACAAGACUGACAUCUGCUGGAGAGACGCAGAGGUGCAUCCUCUGUUAGGAUCAUUGACACUAUUCCCAUAUAUCAUAUUUAAUGAGGCACAACAUCACAUGGGCUGUGAUGAGGACACUGACAACUUUGUUUCUCAUUUUGACUGUCUUUUAAGUAAAAUGAGAAUGUGACCCUGAUAUUAAUAAUUCUGACUUGCAGUUGGCCUCAUUUCUUUUCAGCAGCAUACAGAUAGUGGAAUAAAAAAUAAAUAUAAACUGUAAAA